AUGCGUUUCUCUAUCGCCCUCGCUUUGCCUCUGGCCCUCUCCGUGGCCGCCCUCAAGGUCACCGAGCCUGCCAAGGGUGCCGAGGUGGAUCUCUCCAAGUCCUUCACUGUCAAGUGGGAGAGCGUCGACACCGAUGCCAACACUGUCGACAUCAUCCUGGUCAACAACGCCAUCUACCCCUCCGUGGAGGAGAAGAUUGCCUCCGACAUCGACACCUCCAAGGGCAGCUACACUGCCUCUGGCCUCAAGGAUAUCGCCAAGGGCUCCGGCUUCCAGGUCAACCUGAUGUCCACCUCCGAGAAGAACACUGGCAUCCUCGCCCAGUCCCAGCAAUUCAACGUGACCGAGCCCGCUGAGAGCUCCUCGUCUGCUACUUCUACUGGUACAUCAUCCACUGUUUCUUCUUCUACUUCUGCUUCUACCUCUGGCGUCUCCACUGGUUCUUCCACUGCUGGUUCCUCCACCACUGGAUCCUCCUCCGAGAUGUCCACUACCGUCACCAGCGUUGCCACCCUGACCGGUACCGCCGGCACUGCCACCGGCACCACCACCGGUACCUUCACCAAGACCGGUCUUGCCACCAGCGCCUCUGCCUCCGGCUCCGCUAGCGGCUCCUCCACUGCUGCCCCCACCCCCUCCACCGGUGCUGCCAUGUCUCUCAUCGCUCAGCCCAUCGCUCUCGCCGGUGCCGUUGUCGGUGCUCUCGCUCUGAACCUGUAA